UGCUCCUACAUGUACAUAAAAUAUUGAGAAUACAAUAGUUUGUUGUUUCUCAUAUUUAAGUAACCAUAUGUAUAUCCAACUUUGGAACACAAAGAUGAAUGGUUAUCAACUAAGACAGAUAAUUCGAAUUAUAGAUAAGAUCAUUGGAUUGCAAGCCUUAGUAAUCCAUUUGUUUCAAGUAGCUAUAUAAUAUAUAACGUUUUCCAUAGGUAAUCUAAAAGAAAUAGACGUUAACAGUGUGUAAAGCACAGCACGGUCGGUGACUUUUUAGGUCAAAAUGUUCAUGUUUGGUCGGCGCGUGUCCUUGGACCUGGCCCUUCUCAUAUGGGGCUGGGGGUCAUGGCUCGGAGUUAACGGUAUCUUUGUGCAAUUGCCGCAGCUCGUCCAAAGAUUGCCUGAACAAUGGGCCUUAGGAUCAUCAGUCACGGUGGCAGUGCAAAUAGCAAACAGCGGUAUUCUCAUCUAUGCCUUUGUAAUGAGAUUCCUGCCGAAGAUCACUGACGCUAUGUUCAUCUACGGCCUGCUGACCGUGGGCACAACGGCUCUCUUCCUUAACGCGUUUCUUUAUACAGAAACUGCAUACGUCGGUGCUACAGAGAGAUCAGUGACGUUUAUAGUUCUUACUAUUUUCACUGCUAUGGUGGGGACAACCAGUUCCGUUGUUUUUUAUCCAUACAUGAGAAACUUCCGUGAAAUGUACUUAUCUACGUACUUGGUUGGUGAGGGCUUCGGAGGGCUGCUACCGGCGAUUCUUUCUCUCAUACAGGGUAUUGGAGGGCCACCAGAAUGCCGGCUGUCACCAGAUGGCAACUCGAUGGAGGCCAUUUACCCGUCUGCCCGUUUUGAUUCAACAGUGUUCUUGUGUAUAGUGGCAUCUAUAUGUGCCACAAGUAUUAUCAGUUUCUUCUUCCUUAACAAUUAUUCUGGUUUUGACGACGAAAGAGUAUCCCAGGAUGAAAAAAAAGAACUGGCGAAAGAAAACACUGAGGUCGCUGAGGAGUCUCAAACACAAGUAUCACAAGAGUCUAUGUUAGACUCGUACUGGGUGGGGUUGUUUAUACUGAUGGCUGUUAUUAAUAUGUUCUUCAACGGUUUGAUGCCAUCGCUGCAAACAUAUUCGUGUUUGCCGUACGGAAGACGUGCGUUUCACUUGGCCGUCACUCUGGGUACCAUAGCCAACCCGGUUGCAUGUCUGGCGGGAGUGUGGUUCAAGAUGGCGGGUGGACGUUACAUUGCAGCGAUGCUGGUGGUCAGCGCAGGGCUCAUUACCUACAUAACUACAACCGCCGUCAUGUCACCUACGCCGCCUCUCUACCAGGAGACCAGUGGUGCUGUGAUUAUUGUUAUCGUAUGGGUGGUUGCCAACGCGCUGAUGUCGUACUCGCGCAUGUGGAUAUACAGUAAGGCCCGGGAGGGUGGCACCAAGCCUAUGCGGAUCCUUGGUACUAUUGGUCAGCUCGGAUCAGCGUUGGGCUCCUUCACCCUGUUUUGGGUCGUCAACUUUGGCAACUUCUUCGAGCAGGCACAGGACUGCCCCAUGCCGGCAUAACAUUCCCACGUAACGAGAGGAGAUAAUCUACGUUUAUCUGUUAGCUUUCUAUUAAUUAGUUUGUUAGAAAGGUCUGUCAAUCUAUGCGCUUAUAAAAUUAUUACGAUCUGUGUACGGAAUUUUAUAUAUUUACAAAACCUAUAUGCAUACCAACCUAGACAAAUAUUGUUUAUGUUGCAUUAAACUAAGGUACAAGUAGCGGCACGAAACUCUAGCGCUGACCGUUAUUGCGCAGAAGUAAAAAAUAAGGUACCAGAGGGGGGCUAGCGGAAUGAAGAGUUUCGAUUGGCUCUCCAGUCGCAUUCCAGCAAUCUCCUCCACAUAUUGGCCAGCGCUAGACUUACGUGCCUAUAAUAGUACAAUACUUAGAAAUAGGUUUUUGACUGUUUAAAUAUCAAGUAGAAGUCCAAAUAGGAGACAUGCACCACAAGUAUACACACGAUUCAUAUUAAGUAUACUUAUUUUAAAGUUCAUAAUGUGAAAUGUAAUGUAAAAUCACAAGGUUUUGAUUGUAUUUUUUUGUUCUUUGUACAUUCCUUUCAGUAGAUAUAAUUAUGUGCAAUUUGUAUAUUUCAUCUAAGUAAAUAUCUUAGCUAUUGAAACAAUGUAUAACUGUUCGUAAUAGAAUCAUUUUUAUUUUAUAAAAUUAAAUGAGGGUCAUGAGGGUGAUCCCAAAAAUAUUUUAACUCCGCUGAUCUGCGCAUUGUUAAUGAGUCGUUGUUGAGCUUUAGUUGGGUAAAGUUAGAUGCAUUUUUAUAUAUAGUGUUUUGAUAAUUUCUUGUCAAUAGUUACGUCCUCCAUUUAGACUAUUAUAGUGAGUGUUUUUGUGCGUAUUCGUGAACUAUUAUUGUAAGGCAAGGUACAGCAACAGUCUAACCUCUUUUUGUUCCCAAACUAAGAAUUUCUCCACAUCCUUACGGCUGACGUCAUUUUGUGCCUUUCGUUCUAAUAAUGAGCAGUACAUUGAGGUAUGUACCUACUCAUGACUUAUUUUAGUAUAAGAUUAUGCAUCGACGGCCACCGAACCGUUCUUUGUGAUACAAUAACAUACAUAAAUCUUAAUUACUAAGCUAAAGUAAUAAGUCUAUUUUUUUUGUUAUUUACUUGAAAUAUAAAAGGUAUCUUGUAAAA